UACAGUUGUAUUCAUUGAUUUCAGAAAAGCAUUCGAUAUAUUGAAGUUUGAUAUCCUAUUCACUAAAUUAGAAAAAUGUGGAAUACAAGGACCCCUACUGGAUUGGUUUAAAAACUACCAUAUCAAAAAAAUCAAAUUUAGCGUUUGAAGAUACUAUGUUAAAAGGCGAAUUUUAAGACUGCCCCCUUACAAUUGUGAGCUUAAUCCGAUUGAAUUGAUUUGGGCUCAGGUAAAGGGGCAUUUCGCUAAAAAUAAUAAGACAUUUAAAAUUAACGAUGACAAAAAACUAUUUGAAGAAGGACUUCGGCUGGUAACCCCGCAGCAACGGAUUAGCUGCAUAUCACCCGUUAUCAAAAUGGAAAAUGAGAUGUACCAUUAUAAUAAUAUAUUAAUUACUAUUACUUAUCAAAAUUUGUAACUGUACAAUAUAAAAACACAGGUAUUUACUUAAAAGAAGGUCUCAGCCAUAUUAUUUAAUGCAAUGUUUGAAACGAAUAAAUUCAUUUUCAUUUUUUCACCAACUUCUCGAAAAUGAGAUGUACCAACUUCUCAAACGUUCCAAGCGUGUUUGUAAACUAAGCCGAAUUGAAAUAAAUGACUGACUGACUGUUGCCAGCGAGUUUCUUGUGGGCUUCUUCUCAAACGUUUCAAGGGUGCUUGUAAACUAAGCCUACUUUAAAUAAAUGGCUUUGACUGUUGACAGCGAGCUUGUUGCGGACUUCUUAUGUAUCUGUGUGAAAUGAAAAAUUCAAUCCAAUAAAUGUUUCAAUCCACUUGGCAUUCCUUAUUUAUGUCUUCAAUUUUUUAUAGAUUCUGUAUUAGUGUAAACUGAAAAAUUCAUAUCAAUGAAUGUUUUACAUCACAUAGUUUUGCAUACCUCGUUUAUGUAUAUUCUUCACUUUAAAGUUAAAAUUAAUGAAAAUCUCAUUUAGAAUGUAGAAAUACGCAAGACAACAAUCUAUUUGUCUUGGCAGCACGCAGCUGCUAAUGCCAAACAACUGUCUUGAAUUGUCACGCCAAUUGCUCAUUUAUCACAUUAUUUUGACAAUGGGGAUGAUGACUAGGUUUGAAUAUAUUGAUUUUUAUGAUACAUUCGGGUAAAUAGGGUCAAUGUUAACUAAUUUAUACAUAAAAAGCAAAUAUUGUCUGGAUAUUUGCAAAAUAAAUGAGAUUAUAAAAUUUCAAAAACUACUAAAAUUUUUUUAUCGUAAUUAGAUGAAAAUUCAUACAGUUUUAGCUUCCUUACAUUAAAUGUGACAUUUUUUAAUAAAUGAACUAUAAAGAUAAACGCACAAAUAACAAAGAUAUUAGUAAUUUUGUUUGAACGCGCAUACAAAUCUAACGAUCAUUACAUUGCCUAUGACGUCAUUUUUUCGAGCCAUUUUGUAUGGGGCGUUUUUCAGGGAUCCGCGGCAGCGCCGCAAAUCUGACUCUUUAAAUCCCUGUAGCUCCGAAAGUAAUGAUCGCAGAUACCCUGUUACUUUUACAAAAUUGCUUUACUAUUAGUAUACUCUUAAUUUAUAUACAAUUUAAAAAACUGUCAUCAUCCCUAUUGUAAUUGACUGGAUAUGUUUAUUUAAUUUUAUUAGCGUUAAUUAAUCUACUAUUAUGACAUUACUAUACCUGACAUUUAUAUUAUUUAAAUCUUGAACAUUCUAAUUUAAUUCUAUAAAUGUUCCGCUCAAGUUUCUACUUCAUUUUUAUUUUAUUUUAAUUUUGUCUAAUGAAAUGUAAUAUAUUUUAUCUCUUAUUAUUGCAUGUAACAUUAUUAUUUCAGCAAUGCCCUGACAGGGCCCCAUGUAUCAUGUAUGCUAAGCUUAUGUAUUAGUUUGUAAGUGCAUGGAUGCUAAGUAAAUAAAUAUCAAAUAUCAAAUCACUGAUGUUGUAAAUACAAUAACAAAACAGUGUUAACACGUUGUACGCCAUAUCACCUACCGGUGAGCCUAGCUUACAUUGCCAUUCGGGCCAAGCCAAAAUUAGGUAAUCGGUAAUUUUCAUCAACUUGAAACUUUUAUUCCAAAGGUAAUAAAAUGAAGUAAUAUGGAUGGAAAAUAAUAAUUACAGACUUUUACCGUGUAGUUUUUAAGAUUUCGUCAAAGGCCCACCGGUGAGUCCCGUGGCCUAGCGCAAAGGAAUGUCUGUUUUCCGUUGUCGGGGGCCGCGGGGUCACGAUGCGGCCCACCCCCGCGCGCGCGCGCCGCUUUAUCAGUAUCGCACGCUUUGUCGACACGUAAGGAUCUUUUCCCGUAAAAAUGGAUGAAUUUGAUUUUGAGCUAACGCAAGAGGAUUUAACGCAAUUGGAAAAUAUUGAGAUAAAUUUUCUGAACCACAGUUUUCAAAUAGAUACAGAUGAUGAAGACGUACUUCAACCAACGAAAAGAAGAUGCCGCCGAAUUGUGUUGUCAGAGAGUGAAGAUAGCGAUAGUGAAAUUAUAAGGAUUAUUGCCGAUAAUAUUGGUAAUACAUCGCCAUCGGACAUCUGGUCCAAGCCUAAAGGUAACCAACGUAAAGUAAUACCUUUUACUGAACAUCCUGGCCUUUCAACUAAUCUAUGCUUGAGCAUGCGUAACAAAUCUCCAGCUGAUUUUUUCAUACUAAUGGUUCCAGACAGUAUUUUUCAAGAGAUAGUUGAGCUAACAAACCAAUUUGCAACUCACAAAAUUACCAGCUUUAAAGAAAGUUCACGCUUUGCAAGGCUUCGGAAAUGGGUUCCAACAGAUCUUGCAGAAAUAAAAAAGUUUUUUGGCCUUAUCCUGAUUAUGGGUAUCACAAAGCUUCCUAGAUUGGCGGAAUAUUGGUCAACGAAUGUCAUCGUAGGUCAUCCGUUUCCACGCACAAUAAUGUCACGGAAUCGUUUCGAAUUAAUAUUACAAAUGCUUCAUUUUUCACAAAACGAUGAGACCAACAAAGAUGACCGCCUCCAUCGUAUUAGAUAUCUUUUACAGGCAUUGAAUGAACGAUUUCAGAUGCAUUAUACACCCGGUCAAGACCUAUGUAUAGACGAAAGUGUUGUCCCGUUUCGUGGCAGGAUUGUAUUUCGACAAUACAAUAAACAAAAACGCCAUAAAUAUGGAAUCAAAGAAUUCAAAUUGUGCUGUGUACCGGGAUAUACUUAUAAAAUAAGUAUAUACGCAGGAAAAAAUAACGAAAUUACAAAUACUACCCCUUAUAAUGUUGUUAUGGAUCUGCUUAGCGGUCUUCUAAAUAAAGGUUAUACUCUCUAUACCGAUAACUGGUAUACCAGCAUUGCAUUAGCCAGGGCUCUGCUAAAGAACGAAACUCAUUUAGUGGGAACAAUCCGAAAGAAUAGGAGGCAUCUACCCAAGAAAGUCGUAAGUGCUAAACUCAAGAAAGGAGAAUAUAUCGCCAGAGAGAGUCGAGAUGGUAUAACUGUCAUGAAGUGGAGAGACAAAAGAGACGUGUUGGUGUUGUCAACCAAACACUCAGAUCGAUUUGGAAUGAUAAAAAAACGUCAGAACACUGUCAUGAAACCGCAGAUUAUAAUCGACUACAACAAAGCUAAAGGAGCAGUGGACUUAUCGGAUCAGAUGGCAGCAUACUCCUCGCCGUUGCGUAAAACUGUGAAAUGGUACAAGAAGUUGGCUGUGGAUUUAUUACUAAAUACUGCAAUGGUAAAUGCUUUGACACUGUACAAAUCAGUGACUAAAAAAAACAUGCAAAUGGUAGACUUUCGAAGAUUUAUAAUGAUGAAUCUUUGCGGAGUCCACGAAGAUACUGUACCUGACCAGAGGCCCAAGCGAAUAAAACACUGCUUGGAAAAAAAAGAUGGAAGCGGUUGCAAGAAACAUCUGACGCGGCUCACCGGUGACCCCCAUGGCUUAAAUGGUUUAGUACGAGUAGGCUCACCAGUGAGCCCCGCGGCCUGA